UCCCCCGCCGCCCGGCUGUGAGCGCAGCCGCUCCCGCUGCUCGGGGUGUGUCUGUGUCUCUCCCUCCAUCUGGGCUUUCUCCUUCCCCUACUUCCCGGCUGCAUGGACCCCCCGCCCCGCAGCGACGAGACCGGGUGAGUGGCAGGAAACCAGUGGCGACGUUGGGUGGGAGCUGGGGGCCAUCCCUCCCUCUGCACCCCUUCAUCCAGCCAUCCCUCCCUCCACCCCCCGCGCAGGCACUUGUGAGCCCUCCAUCCUUCUCAGCCACACGGCUCUCAAACCACCACCUCGGGUUUCUCCAUCGGGCCCCACACAUCCCUCUGUUCAUCCAUGCACACCCUUCAUCAUGUCUCCAUCCUUAUCAGCCCCUUCUGCCUGGCUGUUUGCUCCUCCAAGAAUCCAGUCACACCCUUCUUUUCCAGGCAUCCCAUAACCCUCAUCCCUCCAUCCACCGAUCCCCCCAGUCUCCAUCCGUCCAUCCCCAUAACUCCCAACUAUCCGUCGCCCUAGCCCCCAUCCAUCUAUUCCCUCAUGGCCCUGAUCCAUCCCUGUAGCCCUCAUCAACCCAUCUAUCCAUCUACCCAUCCAUCCAUUCCCCCAUGGCCCUGAUCCAUCCCUGCAUCCUCCAUCCAUGCAUCCAUCCCUCCAUACCCUCCACGCCCCAUCAUCGCUCCAUCUGGCCCUCUGCAUCCCUCCAUUUAUCUAGAUUUGGGCUAAAUGCAUGUCAAUAGGAAUGGUAUGAUUUUUUUUUGACUGGGGCAUGUGUAUUUUUGUCUGUCUGUUGCUUGUGGGGCAGGGGGAUGGUUGUUCCCUGUCCCCCAUGGCCCCUCUGUCUCCUCUCACUGUAGAUACCCUGUACCAUGAGGCCCAUGGCCAGUACCCCCAGCUCAGCUCUGCCCUCCACAGACUUGUCUACUUCCUGGCAACACCUGGACCCCCUCUGAGCCACCAGCGACAAGGAACAGAGCCCAACGCCUGUAGCCAGAGACCCCAGAGGCCUUUCCUGAGCCUGUUGGCAACUGUCCUCCUGUAGCUGCAGUGCUCUUGGCCCCCAUCCACCUGUAGGACAGAGAAUCCCAUUGGCACCCCCGCCAUCUGCCUGUAGCCAGAGAAACUGCCAUCAGCCUGUAUCUGGAGGACUUACAAGCCCAUCCCAUCCACCGCAUACCUGUAACAGUAAUCUCUGGUGUGUUGCUCCAAUGGAUGACUGUAGGCAGCGGAGUCGGGGCUCUUGCUUUGCUUGUAUCUAGAUACGGCAGGAACUCAAGAACUCCAGGACUGCCUGUUCCCGGCCACCUCUGGGAGGAUCCUACAGCUGGAGCUGGAGCUGGAGCUACCCAGGGUGGGCAUGCACCUGUUACCAGAGAACAGCCAGUCCCUCUGCCUGUAGGAGACGGGCACACAGCAGGACGUGGCGUGACCACAUCCCAAGGUCCCUACAGGUCUGAAGGAAGCCAUCUGCCUGUACCCAAUGAACUCUGGGACCAUGCUACAACUGUUGUACUAGAAGUCUGGGAGCCCCGUAUGCCUUUAGCCUGACAUUCACCUUGUCCCAGUCAUUGCAGGACUCUAGGGCACCAUCGAACUGUAGGGACACCUCUAGAGAAGUCUCAGACAGACUACCCUGCCAGAGGGGACAAUACUGGGCUUCUCCAUCCUCACACUCCACUGUGCGCUUGUAGGUGGAGGUCUUCAGUACGUUUGCACGACUGUACUCCCCGUGUAUGCCUAUAGCCCAAGAACGCAUGCAGUUGCUGUGCGCCUGUCACCCCACCCUGUGCCUGUAGCUGGAGGAUUCUGGGAUCCAUAUGCGCUUGUAGCUCCAUCGUGUGCCUGUAGGUGGAGGAUUUCAGGUGUCUCCCUACAACUAGAGCUCCACUGUCUGCCUGUCAGUGGAGGAUUUCCAGAUCUCCUGAAGCCUGUAGCUCCCCUGAGUGCCUGUAUCUCCCCCAAAGGACUCUGGGACUGGUGUUUGACUGUAGCUCCAUUGUCCACCAGUAGGUGGAAACAUCUUGUGGCCCUAACAGGACUUUCCACGGAGGCCGCCAGCCUUUCUCAACACCUGUCACCCACUACUGCUGCUCCAACUGUCACUAAAGAGCUCCAGGAGCGGGGCCCGGCUGUAGCCCCUCCUCCCCAAACAGAAGACAUCCCCCACCCUCAAUGCUGUCUGCCCACGGAGGACAGCCACAUUGAUGGCGGAGUGACCACGGCCACCCUCCCACUCCAUGCUGGACAGUGCCACCUCAGGCGGUUGGGGGCAGGGCCGGCAAUGAGCCCAGGGCCUUGUGGGUAGCCGGUGCAGGGGGGCCCACCACUACGUGCAUGUCCAACGGGGGCAGGUUUGAGUUUGACGAUGGAGGCUGCUACGUGGGUGACUGGGAGGAGGGCCGGGCACAUGGCUAUGGGGUUUGCUUGGGCCCCGGGGCCCAGGGGGAGUACAGUGGGCAGUGGCGCCGGGGGUUCGAGUCCCUGGGGGUCUACUCCUGGCCUGGCGGGAACACCUACCAAGGCUACUGGAGUCACGGCAAGCGGGACGGCCUGGGUGUGGAGCGCAAGGCUAAAUGGUGCUACAAGGGGGAGUGGAGCCAUGGGCUGAAGGGCCGCACUGGCAUCUGGGAGAGCCACUCAGGCAUCACCUAUGAGGGCACAUGGCGGGAUGGUCUGCAGGACGGCUACGGCACCGAGACCUAUGCUGAUGGAGGUACCUACCAAGGCCAGUGGCAGACUGGGAAGCGUCACGGGUAUGGCGUCCGCCAGAGUGUCCCCUACCGCCAGGCUGCUUUGGUCCGCUCUCCGCGCCGAACCUCCCUGGAGUCGCUCCGCAGUGACCCUGACCCUGGCGCAUCUCCUGCCCCACUGCCUUCUGCCCCACUGCCUCCGCCUCCUCUGCUCCCAGGGGACAGCCCAGCCUCCGGCUCCCGGGGUGGCUUUGUUCUGGCCUUCCCAGGCGACCCAGACUUCCCCAAGGGGACCAAGAAAAAGUCAGGGGGCUUCUUCUUCCGGCGCUCCCUGCUUCUGAGCGGCCUGCGGGUGCGGCGGGCAGAGUCCAAGGCCUCCCUAGGGAGUAAGCGGGGUUCCCUCAAGAGCGAGGCUGGGGUCAGCUCAACAGGCAGUGAGGCCACCACACUCAGCUAUGCUGAGACAGAGCCCCCUGAGAUGCCUUCACGGUUGGCCAUUGAAGGAUCCUCCACCGAGGUUUAUGCUGGGGAGUGGCGAGCCGACCGGCGCAGUGGCUACGGGGUCAGCCGGCGCUCCAACGGGCUCCGGUACGAGGGUGAGUGGCUGGGCAACCGUCGCCAUGGCUAUGGGCGCACCACCUACCCCGACGGCACCAAGGAGGAGGGCAAGUACAAGCUCAACCGCCUGGUCAACGGGAAGGUGAAGAACUUCAUCCCACUGCGGCGCAGCAAGGUCAAGGAGAAGGUGGACCGGGCCGUGGAGGUGGCCCGGAGAGCCGUCAGCUUAGCCCGGCAAAAGCAGGAGCUAGCAGUGGCCAGGACAGCAGAUGCCCGGCUGAAGGCAGCAGGGGCACUGGCGGCGGCCGAGAAGGCCCUGGAGGCCUCCCACCUGGCCAAGAUCCUGGCUGAAGACCUGCAGCCCACCCUGCGUGACCCUGAGCCACGCCCCUGCCUGGACUCGGAGGGCAGUGACACAGAUCCUCUGGACUACGACAGCCCUGGGGUGUACGAGAACGGGGUCACCCCAUCCGAUGCCAGCCCCGAGCCCAGUUUGCCCCCCACCUACCCCCCCACCCCCCUGCAGCCCUGGCGGGGGGACCCCCGGCGGACUUGGCCCCCCCUACAGAAUGGGGGCCCCUUGCGAGAGCCCGAGGAGGAGUGGGGCUGCCGGGGGGUCCCCUCCCGGACGCCGGGGUUCGUGCCCGAUGGGCUAUGGGAGGGAGAUGAAGAGGACGAGGCACCAGGGCACCCCCUGGAGGGCACCCCGCCCAGUGGCAGCUCUGGGAGUCUCCGCGAAGAGGAGGAGGAGGAGGAGGAAGAAGAGGAAGACCCCCUGCCGCAGGACAUGGGGGGACCCCAAGAUGUACAGGGGCCUCUGAAGGGUUCCCCACUAGGGGCUUUGGAGCCUACAGCUGGCACAGGGCCUGCACCCCAAGAUGUGGAGGAAACAGGAGCAGCCAGGAGACAGGGUGCCAGCCCCCUGGUGGUGGCAGCGGUGGUGCUGUUGGACGUGUGCUUGGCUCAUCUCUUCUCUCUCUUACUCAUCUGAGGCCGGAGGGUGGGAAGACCCGGAUCUCCCCACAGAUGCCCCCUCUCCCAGGGGUCUCGGGCCCCUUGCCCUGGCCCCAGCCUCCCUCCUCGUCGCAAUGGUUUACAUACAAAGGGCUCUUUCUAGCAGAGAUUUCUCCCUCUCUGCCUCUGAGACCACGGCAAAAUCUCCCCUCUCCCCUUCUCCCCCCCUCCCCCCCCGUCCUGCCUUUGGGGGGGAUCAGUAGCUGGGGUAGGAGGAUUGGAGUGGGGGGCACCACUGGGGGGGCACCCUGCUUGGGUCAGGAUUGGGGUGUUCCAUGGCCCAGGAUCCCCAGGGGGUGGCACACUCUACCCUGGGUGUUGGGGCAACCCUGAAGGUGGGAAUGUACCAUGGGGGCAGGGAGAUCAUAAGGUGGGCAGGGGUCUCCCAGCCAAGGGGGGAGGCCUUUCGGCCUUGGCCCUGCCCACCACACCCCCAAAAGUGGGUGAAUUUCCCUGCCCCCCCCCUUUAAUUUCUGCUUUUUAAUGGAAAAUGAUUUCUCCCUCGCCUUGUCGGAAUAACUAACGAGUUAUGUUCCAGUUAAUGAGGGGUGAAGAGGAGGGUCCUGCCACCAUGGGGGAAAGAGGGGCCCAGCGCCCAGCAUGGUGAGGAAUAACGUGCUCAUCGGAGCAAAGCAGGAAGUCCCACCUUUGGGGGGCCAUUUUGGAGAGGGCACAAAACAGGAAGUUUGGCCUCCUUGUGGGGCUGGGAAGGGCCUGGAGGUGCGGGACAAGAAGUCCCACCUCCCAGAGCUUGGGAAAGGGCCUCCCGGAGCCUGAAAUAGGAAAUCCAUCCUUUGGGAGGAUGGAAAAUAGGAAGGGAGUGUGCAAUAGAGGAAGCUUUGACUUCUAUGGUGUAGAGCUCUCCCUGUAGGGGGUGAGACAGGAAGUCCCGCCUUUUGCAGGGACCAUAUGGUGCAAUACAGAAAGUCCCACCCUGUAGAUGGUGACCAAACUCUCCUUGCAGGGGUUGGGGCACAACAGGGUCCUGCCUUUCGCAGGGACUAGAUGGUGCAAUACAGGAAGUCCCACCCCAUGGAGGGUGAGUAAACUCUCCCCAUAGGGUGAAACAGGAAGUCCUGCCUUCAGGGAGGCAAAGAGAAAGGAUGUAGGCCAACCUGGGGCUUGGGGGUAGCGCUGUCUGAUGGUGUAGGGGCAGGUGAGACCACACCAAGGUAGAAUUGAUAUUCAUUGGUGGGGGAGGAAGGGAGAAGGUAGGGUUAGGAAGUCGGGGGGGCGGGGCGGGCCCCACCAUCAUGGGAACACUUCCCCUGGCAGGAUGCUCCCUCUCGGCCCCCUUGGAAAAUGCAUGAGAAAUCCGACUUCGCUCGCUGCGUGCUCUGUAUCUUGGGAAUGUGUAUAAUCUGCUCCAUUCCCCCCAACCCCAAUAUUUUCUACCUUCCCCCGUACCUUGCUCCAAGGCCUUGUUCCCCUCCCUCCCUGCCCCACAAAAAGCCUUUUCCAAUGUCUAUUUCUUAUAUCGUGUCUUUGGGAUUGAAAAAAGAAACCGUCUUGCAGAAAAAAAGAGAAAUUUAAUAAAAAAUAAACAAUAUAUUAAUAAAAAAA